AUGACUACUGGGUGCAUCCUCCAAAUAGCUCUCCUGUUGUGCUUCUCCAUCACUGCUCUUUCCAGGAGCUUCAACUUGCUUCAAUUCCAACAAAGAAGUACCAAUUUGGAGUGUCAGAGGCUCAUGAUGAAGUUGAGUGGGACCCCUGAAUCUUGCCUCAACAACAGGACGAACUUUGAGGUCCCUAAGGAGAUUGAGCAGCCACGGCAGUUCCAGAAGGAGGACGCUGUAUUGGUCAUCCAUGACAUGUUGCUGCAGAUCUUUGAAAUUUUUGGAAAAAACUUGUCCCAUACUGGCUGGAAUGAGACCAUCAUUGAGAACCUUCGAUCUGAGCUCUCUGACCAGAUAGACCGUCUGAAGGCAAUCCUGGAUGAAAAUACGGAGGAGGAGAACCCCACCUGGGAAAACAGCACGACCAUGCUGUGGCACCUGAGAAACUAUUACACGAGGAUUGUCCAGUACCUGAAUGCCAAGAGCUACAGCAGCUGUGCCUGGACGGUAGUUUGGACAGAAAUCUACAGGAACUUUUCCUUCAUUAGCACACUUACAGAUUACCUCCAAAACUGA